UAGAUUGCAAAAUGGGAGCAGGGGAGAGAAAAGAAGCGAAGAGCAGCAAAAAUGGCCACAGCUUCAGUGCAUGGAUUCUCCUCUCUUCAUCAUCUUGUGCAGGGCCAUCCUCCCACCAUAUCAAGAUCUCCCCAAAGACUCUCUGCCCCUCUUUCAAUUCCCACUAUUUCGAAUUUUGGGUGCGUUGCAAAUUUGUCAGAUGGGAGGAAGAAUGUGUUGAGCGUGAGAAACAGGGCAGUGGCUUCUGAGCAGAGCAAAACACAAGAAGAGCAGGUGCAGACAAAGAAGAAGAGCGUGUAUGACAUCCAGACUCUCACGGCCUGGUUGCUCAGACAAGAACAGAGCGGUGUCAUUGAUGGCGAGCUGGUAAUUGUGCUCUCAAGUAUUUCCUUGGCCUGUAAGCAAAUUGCUUCUCUUGUGCAAAGAGCAGCCAUUUCCAACCUCACCGGCCUUCAGGGAGAAACCAAUGUUCAGGGCGAGGAUCAGAAGAAGCUCGACGUUGUUUCAAAUGAGGUAUUUUCAAGUUGCUUGAGAUGGAGUGGCAGAACAGGAAUUAUAGCAUCUGAAGAGGAAGACAUACCGGUGGCAGUCGAAGAGACCUAUUCUGGAAACUACGUUGUCGUCUUCGACCCGCUUGAUGGGUCCUCCAACAUCGAUGCAGCCGUCUCCACUGGUUCUAUUUUUGGCAUUUACCAUCCCAAUAACGAAUGUCUCACAGACAUUGGGGAUGAUGCCACUGAGUUGGGUAAGAGCGCGGAGAGAUGCAUAGUGAAUGUGUGUCAGCCAGGAAGCAAUCUGCAGGCAGCAGGGUACUGCAUGUAUUCGAGCUCUGUGAUAAUGGUACUAUCUGUGGGGAAGGGUGUGUACGGUUUUACCUUGGAUCCCAUGUAUGGAGAAUUCGUGCUGACCCAUCAAGAUAUAAAGAUCCCAAAGAAAGGAAAGAUCUAUUCUUUCAAUGAAGGAAACUAUGAGCUGUGGGAUGAGAACCUGAAAAAGUAUAUGAAUGAUCUCAAGGACCCAGGUCCUUCUGGCAAGCCCUACUCUGCUCGCUACAUCGGGAGUCUUGUGGGAGAUUUCCACAGGACAUUGUUAUAUGGAGGGAUCUAUGGCUACCCUGCCGACAAGAAGAGCAAAAAUGGGAAAUUGAGACUUCUGUAUGAGUGCGCCCCAAUGAGCUACAUUGUAGAGCAAGCUGGUGGGAAAGGCUCUGAUGGACAUAAAAGGGUGCUGGAUAUACAACCCCAGGAGGUCCAUCAACGGGUUCCUUUAUAUAUUGGAAGCACUGAGGAGGUGGAGAAACUAGAAAAAUUCUUAAGCUGAUGCUCUCAUUUGCAUUUUCUUCACGCCCAUAAUCGAUUAUUAAAGGAAGGGAGUUAAGUUUUUGCUUCUGUGUACUCAAGGAGAUUUAAAUUGAAAGAAAUCAAAUGGAAUCUGUUUUUUCAA